AUGUUUAUCAAAUAACUUUAAUCAAAAAUAUAAACACGCUCUGUAUCGAAUGUAUCAGGGCAUUCAAACCUAAGAUAUUCAGGAAUAGCAACUCCUUAAUGUAAUACAAUAAAUGCUAUUUGGGAUAUUAAUUAAAUUGGAUAAGAAUUAGAUUGUCAAGAUGACCCAAUUUUGAAUGAAGCUUUGCAUCUAAUUAAUAAUCACUAAGUAAAUCAAGCAAUUUUAAUAUUAAACUAAAGUAUUAUUAUUAAUUAUAACAUAGUGGUUUCUGAUGGGAAAAAAUAUUUGGGAUAACAAUCUCAAGUAUAAUUGGUAAUGAAAGUUACAUUAUUGGUUGUAUCAAGUUCAAUGUCAAUUUUAGAGAAUGAUCCAGCUUCAGCAUUACUUCUACUUCUAGGCUGUGAUUAGAUGUUUAAAGGAUUAACACCAAAAUAAUAAGGUUACUUAAGAGUUUAGAUUCUAAAUGGACUUGGUUGUUAUUAUAGAAGAGUAGGAUAAUUGGAAAAGGCAUUAAAAGAAUUAGAAUGUGCUUUGGCUGUGAUUAAAAAAUAUGCUUUGAAAGAGGUUGCAGUAACACAUCUAAAUUUAUCUGUAGUAUUAUCUUUAGUGGAAGAGUAUUAUAUAAAUUUUAUUAGUAAUUAGACAUGAAGGAGCAUUAGAAAAUGCAAAGAAGGCUGUUACUGAAAGUCAUAAAGAAUACUAAUACUAUAUUAAAAAUCAUGUAUCUAUGUAAGCAUUCAAAUUUCAACGAUGUGUAAGUUCAUUAGCAAUAGCUUUUUAUAAUGUUGGAGUUUAAGAAUAAUAUUUUUAAAAAUAUUAAUUUGCAUUAUAGGCAUAUGCAUCAGCAUUUAAAGUAGCUGAAGAUAAUUUAGGAAUUCAUCAUUAUCUAACAAUUCAACUUAAAAAUAUAUAUGAAGAAUUUGCUAGAUAAUUGGCUAUUGCAGAAGGUUAAAAAAUUGCCAUUACAUCAUUAAAUCAUAAAUUUUAAAUUAGAGCAAAUGUCACUAGUCAAUAUGCUUAAAGUGUAUUAAGGAACUAACCUUAAGAUACAGUUAAAAAUGUUACUGAAAGACUUUUUUAAUCAGAAUCUAAAGGAUUAGGCCAUUCACUUAGACCAUAAUCAGCUAUUAUGAAUCAAACAUAAGUACCUAAAUUAAAAUCAUUUGAUUUUACUAAAAGAGAAGGACAUACAUUUAGAAAAUAAUUAUCUGCUACUAAUCGUACAUUAAAUGAAGAUAAUGCAAAGAUUGAAAUAGAUAAAUUAGAAAAGACUAAAUCAUUACAAUAAUGCAUCUAAAAUUUAUAAUCAGUAAUAAUUUAUAAUAUAAUUAUAAGCAAGCUUAAAAAGAAUAAGAAGAAUUGAAUAAAAUUUAAGAAGAAAAAUAAAAAGAAUUAUAAAAAUUAGAAGCUUUUAGAUAUAUCAAUUAAUAAAUACAGCAAUAGAGAUUAUAAAAAAACUCAAAUUAAACCUCUAGAGAAAUGAAGUCAUCAAUAGAUUAAAUGAAGUAAAUUUUUAAUACAGAUCCAUAAAUUUAAGAAGUUUUAGAUGAAAGUGAACCAUAACCUUUAGUUACUAUUUAAGAAUAGAAUAGAGUAACAAAAACAGAAGUAGAUGAAAAUAAAUUGAACUAUUAAAUUAAUACUAAUGAUUAAAAUCUAAAACAAGAUAAAAAUAUCUAAGAAGAAAAAAGAAUGUCUUUUACUACAACUCUUGAAUAAAAGGGAUUUUAAGAUGAAACAAUUUAGAGCUUUACAAGAAAAUUAGAAUUUGAAUAAGAUUCAUCUAUGAAAAACAAUUAUUUUUAAUAAAAUAUGUCAUGCAAAUAAAUUGAAGAUUUAGAAGAAAUAACAGAAGAAAUUAAUGAAGUUAAUUAAUAAUAAUAAUAAUAAUAAAAUGUUGAAAAUUAAGUUGAUGAAAUAAUUUAACUAAAGGCUAAACAAUUAGAAGAAGAAUAAAAAUUAUAAAAGAUUUGUUAUAUACAAAAAUUUUGGAAAUAUAGUUAAAUAAAAUUUAAUUAACGAAUAUAAAAGUUAUAAUCUGAAUAUUUAAUGGUAACAGAAAAGUAGUACUUUAAAAUUAUAGAUGAGAAAAACAAUAUCCAUAAUGGAAUUCUAUUUUUAGGUUUUAAAUAGAGUAAUAACUAUAUAGAUUUUGUGUUUAUUGAUUUUUAUACUUUAAGAAAAUCUUAGAGGAAAUGCUCAAAUUUAAAUGAAAAACUUUAACAUAUAUUAAUUUUAACUGUUUCAUGUAUUAUAUCAAUAACUAAAGAUAUUUUGGAUAAUAUUGAAAACAAAUUAUCAUCUAUUAUUCUUAUUAAUUAAUAAUAACUUAUUAUCCAAAGUAAUUUGUUAGAAAUUGAAAUUUAAUAAAUUGAAAAAUAAAUUUAAUUAAGGUUUGAUGUUAACCAAUUAAGAAUUUAUGAAUAUCUCUAUAAAAUUGAAGAGAGCAUAUAAAAUCUAUAACUUCCAACCACUAUAGCUGAUAUUUAAUCAUUUAAUACAGAUUCUAUUGUUGUAUAAAAAUCAGCUUAAAUCAAUUAAGAAUUAAAUCAACAUCCUUUUUAAGAAAUUCCUUUAAUUGAGGAAUAAGUUGAAAGAUAAAUUAAUGUUGAAAAAUAGGUGAGUGAAGUACAAAUUAAAUAGGAAUAAUAAUCGGUUGAUUAAGAAAUUCAAUUUAGCGAAAGUCAAUAGGAAAGUAAAAAUGGAAGUGAUGAUGUUGAUAAAAUUAAUAAGACUGGAUAAUUUAAUAUUAAUGUCUUGUCUUCCUAAAAAUUGCAAUCUUAAUAGGAUUUAGAUAAACCAGAUGAAGAUAAUGAGAAUUUAAAAUAAUAAUAAAUUUAAAUAAAAGAAAAUAACUAAAAUCUAGAUUUCACACUUCAAUAUAAUGAAUAUAAUAUGAAUAAUAAUUCUAUGAUGGAUACUAUGAAAACUAAUGAAGUAGAUAAUUAUUAAUAUUUAUAAACAGAUAAUAUUAAUAAAAAUAAAGAUAAAGAGAAACCUUCAGUUAAUUAAACUAUUUUAGAAGAGGACGAAGAGGAUCAAAAAGAAUUAGAAUAAAAUGCUAAUAUUAGUAAAUAAGAGAAGUAGAAAGAAAAUUAGAGAAAUAAUUCUUCUCUUUAUUCAAGCUCUGAUUAAUAAGUAGAUUCAAAUUAAAAUCAAGAUUAAUUGAAUUAGUAAAAUAGUUAAACUUUAUAUGAUGAAAAAUCUUAGGUUAAUUUGAUUUAAAUCCCUUUUAAGGAAAAUAAAAAUUAUAGUAAAUAAACUAGUUUGCAAAUACCAGAUUUAAUGAAAGAAAAUAUUGAUUCUGAUUAAGAUAGUAAUUAUUUUAUUUAUUUAUCAUUUAGUGUCAUUGACAAAACCUUAUUAAUAUGAAUUUAUAGGAACAAUUACUGGUAUCAAUAAGAUUAAUGGGACCUUAAUAUUGAUAAAUAUACUUAUCAAUAAGGAAUCAUAAUUAUUUUAGGCAAAGACAUAAAUAGAUGAUAUUAAAGUUAAACCAACUUAUUUUAAAGUUGAAAAUGUAGAGAAAACACUUAAAAAGCCAUAAAAGUAUUUAAAGGGAUAUUUAGUUAAUUGGAAAAAUGAAAUUGUUUUAAAAGUUUAUACAAAAUCACAUGAAAAAGCUAUUCUUAAACUAUAAAAAAAAUUUAAAUUUGAUCAUUAUAGAAGACAUAUAUCUUUUAAAUUAGCUAAAACUAAUAUAGAAGGUGGAUUAUAUGUAGGUUCACGAAAAUAAGUAAUUUAUUUAGCUAUUGAAACUAAAACUACUUAACAAAGAAAUUCUUAUACUUUUAGAAAUGAAAAUUAUAGUCAAUUUGUUAAUAAAAUUUCAUUUAGAGUAUUAAAUAAUCUUAAGUAUUCUGAAGAAAAAGGGAUUUAUUUGCUUUAAGAACCAUAACAUAGAAUUUUAGCUUAAAAUUUAUAAGGUAAAUUCAAUAGUAAUUUAAGCUAAAAUUUUUAAAUUGUAAAAACCAUAACAUACCUUUGAAUUUAUUGGUUUUGGCUUAUUAAAUGGAAUUUAUGAUUCAGUCCACAAAAAAAUAAUUAUAGCUAGUGACAAUCGAAAGACUUAACCUGCUUAAGUUGAUAUACCUAAGUCAAUAUAAGGAGACCAAAUUAUAUCAUUUUCAUAAAAUUUAUUAAAUCGAGUAUUGAUUAAAAAAUAUAAUUAGUCUUUUAUAAUACAAAGUAAUAAUGAAAAUUGUGUAAUUUAUUAUGAAUAAAAAGAUGAAAACUUUGUAAAAUAUAUCUAAGAUACAAUUUUUUAAUUUUAAACAAUAAGAACAUUAAAAAUUGAUUACUAUCAAAUAUAUAAAGGACAAAUAAGAAAAUAAGAAAUAAAAGUAGAAUUAUAAAGAAAAAUUAAAAGAAUCUUUUGUUUAAAAUACUAAGAGAAAAUUUAUAUGAUAGGUAAAUUAAAUGAUAAUGAGAUUAAAAAUUUGAUAUAAAACUUAAAAAAAAUAGUUAGUACAUUCUUAACUUAAGAAAAUAACUAAAUUGAAAUAGAUAUAAAAUCUUUAAAAGAAUUUAUAAAUUAAGAUGGAAAAUUUGUUUAAUUGUUAAGAAUGGAUUUAAAGGAUUUUGUUUAUUAAAUUUGA